CGUGGUGGCGGGUGCCUUUAAUCCCAGCUGCUCAGGAGGCUGAGGCAGGAGAAUUGCUUAAACCCGGAAGGUGGAGGUUGCAGUGAGCCGAGAUCGUGCAACUGCACUCCAGCCUGGUUGACAGAGUGAGACUCUGUCCCAAAAAAUAAAAUAAAAUAAAAAGAUUUGUUGUGUCCCCUAUGAACCAAUUCUCACCCCUUGGGGACAUUAUUGCCCCUGAGAAUGCAUGGUAUGUCCACUUAUAGGAGGAGCUGUUACACAUUUAAUGGUGUUCAACUCUCCUUUCUAUUUUGAUAAGCCUAAAAUUAUUUUCCUUUUUAAGUUCCCUUCUUAUAUUCCCACUUCUGUCAGUAUUAAAGUUGUUCCAGUCUCCUAGUUUAGAAAUAGGCCAUGACUAUAUUCAAUUUCUCUUGGGCCAGGCGUGUUGGCUCAUGCCUGUAAUCCCAGCACUUUGGGAGGCAGAAGCAGGAGGAUCACUUGAGCCCAGGAGUUGGAGACCAGCCUGGGCAACAUGGCAAAACCCCUUCUACAAAAAAUAUAAAAAAUUAGCCGGGCCUGGUGGCAUACACCUGUAGUCCCAGCUACUUGGGAGGCUGAGGUGGGAGGAUCACCUAAGCCAGAGAGGUUGAGGCUUCAGAGAGCAAAAUUCUCCAGGCUGCAGCAAGUAAAGAUCUCCAGGCUGCAGCCUGGGCAACAGAGUGAGACCCUGUCUCAAAAUAAAAAAAAUUUUAAAGAAAAGUUUCUCUCUUCUCAUCCUCAGUAUCUAAAAUCUCCCACCAAUUCUUUUUUAACUUUAACUUCAAGUUUAUUAACACUCCUAGAUCCCACAGAUGUUGCCCUAAAAUGAGUCUGUUUAACACUUAAAAUAGGGUAAAAAUUAGUCAGAUUGUUGCCAUCGUUUUUCAAGCUCAAGUUAGAUGUUGCAGGUACACUUGUCUCCUUUAAACAUCAUUUAUGAUGUCAUUCUUUGGAGUGUUACUAUACAGUCAGUAAGUCCUAUGAAGAAUGGAACACUGCUCUGAGAGAACAAAGGCAUGUGAUGGAAUGCGGGUUGUGUAUGUGUCUUACGGAGAGCCUCUGAAGUGACAUUAAACUGGGAGCUAAGGGAUCAAUAGUUUAAACAGGUGGCUAGGGAGGGGAAGAACAUUCCGGGCAAAGAGAACCAUGCAAGAAGAGACCCAAAGACCUGGAAGGAGGAGUGUGGUAGACCACAGGGUGCAUCUAAGAAGGACUGAAAAGAGGUGGUGAACAUGGCCUGGCUCAGUUAUGGCGUUGAAGGCACUGGAGACUUGAAUGAAAAUUCUGUGGAGAAUCUUCAGCAGAAAACACUUCAGGAUCUGUUACAUGGGCUUUCCUCCUGGCUAGUUUUGGAAGGCAUGGCCAGUACAAUUACUGGAAGUCAGGAUUGUAUUGUGAAUCAUCGAGGGGAAGUGGAUGGGGAGCCUGAACUAGAUAUUUCCCCUUGUCAACAGUGGGGAGAAGCAUCUUCUCCUAUUUCCAGAAACAGGGACAGUGUGAUGACUCUUCAAAGUGAUUGUUUCGAAAACAUUGAAAGUGAAACAUAUUUGCCUUUGAAAGUCUCAAGCCAAAUAGACACACAAGACUCUUCAGUGAAGUUCUGUAAGAAUGAGCCUCAGGAUCAUCAGGAAAGCAGACGUCUCUUUGUAAUGGAAGAAAGCACUGAGAGAAAAGUGAUAAAGGGGGAAAGUUGUUCAGAGAACCUUCAAGUUAAACUGGUGUCUGAUGGACAAGAACUGGCCUUGCCAUUGUUAAAUGGUGAGGCAACUUGCCAGAAUGGCCAGUUAAAAGAAUCUUUGGAUCCCAUUGACUGUAACUGCAAAGACAUUCAUGGAUGGAAAUCACAGGUGGUCAGUUGUAGUCAGCAGAGAGCUCAUACAGAGGAGAAACCCUGUGACCAUAAUAACUGUGGGAAAAUACUUAACACCAGCCCAGAUGGUCAUCCAUAUGAGAGAAUCCACACUGCAGAGAAACAAUACGAAUGUAGUCAGUGUGGUAAGAACUUCAGUCAAAGCUCAGAGCUACUACUUCAUCAGAGAGACCACACAGAAGAAAAACCCUACAAAUGUGAGCAAUGUGGGAAGGGCUUCACAAGGAGCUCGAGUCUGCUUAUCCAUCAGGCAGUCCACACAGAUGAGAAGCCUUAUAAGUGUGACAAGUGUGGGAAGGGCUUCACCAGGAGCUCAAGUCUGCUCAUCCAUCAUGCCGUCCAUACAGGUGAAAAACCUUAUAAAUGUGACAAGUGUGGGAAGGGCUUUAGUCAGAGCUCCAAACUGCACAUCCACCAGCGAGUCCACACUGGAGAGAAGCCCUAUGAGUGUGAGGAGUGCGGUAUGAGCUUCAGUCAGCGCUCAAACCUGCACAUCCACCAGCGAGUACACACAGGAGAGAGGCCCUACAAGUGUGGUGAGUGUGGGAAAGGCUUCAGUCAGAGCUCGAACCUUCACAUUCACCGGUGCAUCCACACAGGAGAGAAGCCUUACCAAUGCUAUGAGUGUGGGAAGGGUUUCAGCCAGAGCUCGGAUCUUCGCAUCCAUCUCAGAGUCCACACUGGAGAGAAGCCCUAUCACUGUGGCAAGUGUGGGAAGGGAUUUAGCCAGAGUUCCAAACUCCUCAUCCACCAGAGAGUACAUACUGGAGAGAAGCCCUAUGAGUGCAGCAAGUGUGGGAAGGGCUUCAGCCAGAGCUCCAACCUUCACAUCCACCAGCGGGUUCACAAGAAAGAUCCUCGCUAAGUGACAUUAGCCCAUUCAGGUCUUCACAGCGCUCAUACUGUAAAAACUGUUAAAUAUUUAGUAUCACUCUUACUUUAUAUUCUACAAAGGAGAGAGAUGUAAGGGUUAUUUAGAUAUGUUCCCUCACUGAAAAAUCACUCAUUCAAAGUAUUUAAGUAUCAAGCACUUUGUUAUGCUGUACAAUGAAUGGAUUGUUCUUGUUUCUCAGAUGGGUAGAGUAAAAGUGUCUGUACUUUACAAUUCAACUACAUGUUCUACCCAGCAUUUUAACGGCAAGAACUUUAUAUUUAUUCUCAAGCAGGGCAUGUUUCCCUUUGUUCACAUUCUCUGAGAAAUUGAAACUCUGGUUUCUCUUCAAA